AUGCAAUGUCUUUUUCCUAUCCUUUCUUUGAGAAUCCUCCCUGCCCUUCUCCUAAAGGGUGAGUUAUUUGGAGGAGCGGCGGGGUCUGCCCGACGCAUUUUGACGGAUAUCAUUGGCAAAGAUUCCGAUAAAAUGUCUUCUUCUUCAUCGCCUGAGGAAGCUCCAUCGUCGGAUUCUCCUCCUUCUCCUCCACCUCAAUCAUCCUCAUCAUCAUCACCACCACCACCAAAUUCAUCAUCAUCGCCACCACCGCCAUCAUCUACAGCACCACCACCAUCGGGGGACGGCUCGUCACCACCUCCUCCACCUGGAAACUCAAAUUCACCACCUCCUAACAACAACAAUUCACCACCUCCAAACAACAACAAUCCCCCACCUUCUAACAACAACAAUUCCCCGCCUUCCAACAAGAAGUCCCCUCCUCCCCCACCCAACUCAGGUUCAUCAAACGGGGGUUCACCACCUCCUCCACCGCCUCCUCCACCACCUCCACCGCCACCACCACCACCACCGCACUCUGGGUCACUCUCGCAUUCAAAACACAAGACACCGCCGUCAUCAAGUAAGGCCACAAACGAUGAUUCGGCCAAUUCAAAACUCAUCAUAGCAGGAGUUGCAGCAGGGGCAGGGUUAUUGCUUCUUGUUAUGAUUGUACUCUUGGUGUCUUGUGCGAAAAGAAAGAGGCGAAAGCCACACGAUCAGAUGCAAUACUACAGGGACAAUUCUAAUGGUCACAAAGGUAAUGGUUACUACAACAGUGGACAACAUGGGAAUUGGCACAACCAGCCUCAAUCCAUGGGGCAUGCGGUUAAAAUUCUUCCACCACCUGGUAGUGCUGGAAUAAGCUCAGAACAUGGUUGGGCAGCGGCAGCACCACCACCACCACCACCAAUGAUGAGCAGUAGUGAGAUGAGCUCUACCGGUUUCUCUGGUCCACACCAUGCCCCUUUGCCACCCCCACACCCAAGCCUUGCCUUGGGGUUCAACAAGAGCACCUUCACCUAUGAUGACCUUGCCGCUGCAACUGGAGGAUUUGCUGCAACCAACCUAUUGGGACAAGGUGGCUUUGGGUAUGUUCACAAAGGGGUGUUGCCAAAUGGUAAAGAAAUAGCAGUGAAGAGUCUCAAAAAUGGUAGUGGGCAAGGAGAGAGAGAAUUCCAGGCUGAAGUUGAUAUUAUCAGUCGUGUCCACCAUCGCCACCUAGUUUCUCUUGUUGGUUAUUGUAUUGCAGGCUCUCAAAGGAUGUUGGUCUAUGAAUUUGUUUCCAACAACACACUUGAAUUUCACCUGCAUGGUAAGCUCUACAUCCCCACAAUUCCUUUCAAAUCUUUUGGAUUAAAUGAAAAUGAAUGA